UGGUCUCUGAUUUAAUGGAAAACAAAGAAGCUCGUGAUUCUCGUUCAUCGCGUUUAUUUUGCAAACUUAUAAAUGAUAACCGCGAUUGAUCCAUUUAUUUUCUAUUAAGAAUAUCGAUGGAUCGUUUAUACAUUCGUUUUUAUCAUACUUGAAAUCACGUCAGACUUUUGUUAGUGUUGAUGGGUUAGAGUCAGCACGGAGCUUCGCCAGGAAAGAAUAUUUACGACUUCGCUCGAAUGCGUUCCAAGUAGGUUGGCGAGCGCUGGCUUUUGACCCACUUCAAAAGCUUGCAAGCUCUGGUAACCUUAAAACACUGCUGCUAUUCCAGUCUGUGCUUGUAAUACACGUAGCACGUUGCUCGAUCGUUGCUUUCAACAUGCGAUUCGUGCGAGGAAAAAUCUUGAUCGCUAGAGUACCAUCAAGCUCGCUAAACGGCUAAUUUCAUCGAUAUCGGGUGUAUCAACCUACGUAGAUCGUUUUAAACGACAGGAAGCUCGUGGCAUUCAGAUGAUUUCCAGGCUUACGGUGAUAUCGUUGUUCCAACGGGAAACGUGAGACGUUGGUACUCUGCCAGCAGAGAACAAUACGAGGUCCCUCCUAAGGAUCUUUUCUUGGCACAAAAGAAUGAUACUUCUGGAUAAUUACGAUGCGUAAUUACGAGCUCAGCUCUCUCACCUGAGAUUCUCCGAUAUUUUUAACACCGAAUAGAGCACCGUAAUUGUAAUUCCUGUUGAUAAGAGUAGAGUCAAGGGUACGCUUAGUAAAAGCUUUCUAUUCCUCGCCUUGUUUCUUCUUAAAAAAAAAAAAAGGAAGGAAAGAAUGGGAAACCUCGUUUCACGUAAAAGUAGAUUUUAUUCAACGCACAUGUCGGUUAGCCAGAGCGGACAAGAAAUGGAAUGCUCAGAAUGUUAAUCGUAUAAUGGGGUAUAAUCGGUUAAUGGGAGUCUGCAUUCAGUCGAAGCCUCCAUACGUGCUGGAUGAUGAUGCUCCUCUUUUUUAAAACCCUACUCCGUUUACUGUGGAAGAUAUUUAUUUGAGCAUCCAGUUAAAUGCUUCAGCGUUUCUACAUGAACACAUUGAUCAAGGAUAGAGCGAAUAAGACUAAGGAUAAAUUGAAUUGUGCAGAGCGUGGAAUGAUAAAUGGUGGCUACCAGCAGCAUGGUGUAUGAAGAGAUAGUAGGAAUACGGGGCAGCUGACCCCAGCCGCCGCGCACGCUUUUCACGCGCGAGAUGCCCCACAAUUUGAACUCAGCUUCCGUCAACUCCGCCAACACGGGACCGAAUCACCAGCCCUACAAUCACCAGCCUUAUCAUCGACCCAACGGAGAUGGACUCCAGCCAGAGAAAGAGCCGGUGGAAUUCGACACGUCGCAUCUGCGGGGUGCACCGGCUGAAGUCGAGGCAUUGGUGCAUAAUAUCAAGGAGGUUGCGCAACAGUUCCUCUACCACUGGAGAACAUUCCCCAUCGUUCUUCCUCCUCCGUUGUCCACGUGCACGGAGGGCGAAGACACUCUUGCUAGGAAGAAACACCACCUUAGGGACUUGUUUGUAGCACCCAGCUUUGACGAGCUUGAUUCAGUCGCCGUGGAUAGCAAGGGUGAACCUAGGAGGUUGACCAAGAAGCAGUUGGAGAGCAUCAGUAAACGGGGCUUUCAGAAGGAGAAGUACGGAAAACCGAAGAAGCUGAAUGCCACUCAAUUGGAGAGCAUUCGAAGAUGCGGGGAGUUCGAAGUGGAUUCCAUCAAUUUUACUGGACAAACGCACCGAUGGCGAUUGAGUGGACUUCUUCAACGUGGACGAGACAGAAGGAGAGAUGCGUUACUUCGAGAUCUUGCUUUGGCAACCAGGUUUCUUGUCGUUACAGCCAAAGCUAGACUGGUCUCUCAUUGUUUCAGCGUUUCUCAAUCUUUAAAGGCAUUGCUAACAGGACUCUUACGGCUUCUUGAUAUAGUAAUUGGCGUGCCCUCGCUUCAGGCACACAAUUUAGAUGCCAAAAUCAAGGAAGAGAGGUGUCGAUACUUGGUCGCUGAACUGGUGUGCAGGCCGGAGUACGAAGACUCGUUGGAGCUUCUGUGCGGUUUCGUCCGGAAACAGCUUCGACGAGCCACUAUGGAGAAAUUCGAAGUUGAAAGAGAACUGUCGCAGCUGUUGCCAAUCCCGGUUCCUUUCGUGUUUGGAACGCCUGGCGGAGCAGUGGUUGAUCUUAGAUUAUUUAGCAAAGACAUUAUCAGAAAAGUUUUACCGAUUCUAGUUUCUAUUUUGGAGAGAGAGACACGAGGCUGGUUUCUUCAUUUCAGAGAAAGACUGAUAUCAGAAUUGAGAGCUCGAAAAAAGCCGGAUGAAGAAAUUGAAAGAGAAGUCAACGAAGCUGUUAUGAGAGAGUACCUGCAAAGGGUUUUCUCUAAUAUUUUGUCGCACCCUGACAUACUCGAUCUCGGGAACGGAAUCGCUCAACUUUUAGUUCAACAAGCGCAAUCCGUCGUAUUGAUGCAUCGAGCUAUAGAAACGGUGCAGCGUAAAUUACUGCAGACUAAAGAAUCACUGAGACGUCAUAUGGAAGACGAGCAUCCAGUUCUUUCACGAAUAGAACCUUGGAUGCGUGACAGGAUGAGAGAGGUCGAGGAAAAGUUUAUAGAAGAAUGCGAAUGGAGUGCCCACGAAGAAGCCCUUACACUGUGUACUCAUCAAAAUUUGCAACAAACGGUUUACUUUCUUAAUCGUGAUUUGACGUUCAUGAAGGAGAGAGAGCCAGUUUUGUUGAAAGAAUUGCGAAAAGUAAAAACCCCAACCAGGAGCUUCCAAUGGCCGACUCAAAUAUGGCUUCCAAAAAAUUGGAUCGUCAGGCGUAAUUUCCAAGGCCAGUCUGAGAUCAUACCAACGGUGCUGAGCAAUACUCCGACAUCUAUUACGACGCCUCGAGCUGAUCCAAGUCAACCAGUCUUCUUAGUCGAACGAGAAAUCGUGCAUACAACGACAACAAGGUGGCCUAUGUGGCGUUGGAUCAAUUAUGUUGCUAGAACAUGGUGUUGGACUUGGAAUGCAAUGUUCUUAUUAGGUGUAGCUGUACCAUGGUGUAGUCCAGUUUCCAUACGAGCUUUGUUGCUCGUGCAACCCUUCACCCCUGAUCUAGAAUUGAGUCAACUGAAUGGAACUUUAUUCCCCAGAAAAUCCUCUCAAAUGCCCACACUUUGUUCUCGUUUAAUCGCUCUUUGGAGACAUAUUAGCAAGAGUCGAACACAUUUUGAAACUGAACCGGAUACUGGAUUUAUUGGAAAAGGAAUGACGAGGCAUUUAAACAGGUUAUGGAAUUAUGGCGUAAAAGGACUCCUAGGAACACUGAUCAUAUUAUUUGUUUUUCCUAUUGUGUGUAUAGUUACCAGUUUAGGAUCACUCCUCAUUGCACUUACCGCGGUUUUGUGGAUGCCUUUGAUUACUUUGGCACUGCACGCAUUCAUGGCGCUCAUCAUGGAUUUGGAUAGUCCAGAACCAAGUAGAAAUCGGUACUUGGUCAUUAUGGAAGCAUUAGUUUGGAAUAUUGGUAUACAAGGGUGUCUGCAACCGCUCGCAGCAUUAAUUGUAGCUAUUACUUUUUGCCCCAUCAUUUCUUUUGUGAUACUUACAGUUGCUGUGAUACGUUAUUGGAUUAGAGUGGUCUGGGACACGACUAUGUUCCAUUUAGUAAUAAAGAACAGAGGUCGUAUUCCCGCCAGUGAUAGUUUUGUGGUUAAAAGAAUAGCUGGACCAGGGUUAACAUCUGAUUAUUACUAUCAAAUUAGACCUGAACAAGCAUUAGCUGCGUUCGAAGCUAAACUAGAGCUAGACGAAUUGCUAGCAUUCCAGCAAGAAACUGAACGAUUAAUUACCCAACCUCAAAGAGAUUUUACUCAAUUCGUGGAGGCGUGUUUCGGCCCGUUUGCUGCUAGCCUUGCCAAAACAAAAGAUCCGUACAAAUCGCUUGAAAAGGAAGCCAAAGAUCUGAUCGCUGUAUUACACGAGAAAUUAGAUAGACGUAGGAAAAAUUUACAAACUGGUCUUGGAAUGGUUGUGAGAAGUAAAAUAAAAUUGACCACCUUUGAUUUGAAAGUGGUGAUACAACAGGGGGCUCUCAUGUUAGAACGCCUUUAUCCUACCCACGUGUUCGCCAGACUGACAGGAAACGAAGAAGAUUUCUGGGAAAACAAAGGUUUAAGUGUCGGUGACUGGGCCGGUUUGGCUGGACUUAUGUAUGCAGAUAUUUUUAGUUUAAAUUUUCUUCAACCCCUUGAUGACGCAGACACAAAGUUCAGGCUAGAACCUCAUCCUGGUGUCGACCUGUCGCGUUACACCGACAUGGUUCACAGUACUGAACUAGGUGGUACCAACGGGCCAGAUUUACUCGGGGCCGUUUAUGCACCACGUGGAAAUAUACAAGUUUACAGCCCUUACUUAGAAGUUUCAGCUUUUAAUCCACGGGUUAAACAAACCAGUAAUAGUAGAAAAUCUGAUAAACGAUGUGAUACUGGAGGACUUCUGACGUCAACGAAAAUUAGAAGACGCACAACAUCAUCAAAUGGUACGACGGAAGCACGUUGGCAGCCAUGGAAACGACAGAUUCGUCCUUACAGUGCUGAGAAGUUGCUUAUUCCACUUCCUAUUCCACAUCCAGCUCAUAUAGCUGUUACCAUUCACAAUCGUGAUUCUGAAAAUCCGAUUCCACUUGAUUCUGAACUUUGUCAGAAUAUAUUGAAAGCAAUUGAAGAAUCUCCCGGUGAAAUGUCUAGCGAAUACGUUAGUCGUUACAGAGGAGCUGCGGAUUCUAGUUUCGAUUCGGUAGCUUCUCAUUCUUCAGUUUCUAUCGAAACUGGCCUAGACAAAGAUAACGAAACGCAAGAAACCACGAAUACAGAGAAAGAAGGUGAAACGUAUCAUUGGACGUUAUCGAAUUGGGGCGGUGGUAUGACCAGAAGAAGAAACAAUUCUGGAUCUGUAAAAGUCGAUCUAGCAUCUCCAGAAGACGUUACUCUGGACACCGAUACCACCAGAGUGAUGUUCAGUACGUACGGAACAACUGUUUGAAUUAAAUUUACUUAUAACACCAGGUAAAUAUACUAUACAUAAUAGGUGCGAGUAGAAACGAAUAACUAUUAUAAAAUGGAAACCAGUGUAAGUUUAGUUGACAUCUUUCGUCGAAACGAUAAAUUUGCAUUUAUUUGUUUGACUUCUAUUCUUGUUGUGAGAUAGAUCAAGUCAAAUUUCCUACUUACGAAACCUACUUUCAUUUAAAUUUCUGAAAUUCAUUUUAUCAACAUCGUUUUUAGGUACAAUUUAAUUACACUCGAGAAUGUAUUAUAUUCAACAGCUAUGAACAAAUUUUUUAAUUUUUUUCUAGGGAUAGUAAUAUCUUAGAGUUUUAAUAUGCAUCGUAUUGGAAUGUGGCACAAAAUGCGUAAAAAUAUAUCAAAAUUUUACUAGAUAAAAUCAAGCAUAAGAAAAACAUUUAUUACAUAUUUAGUAAAGCUUACAUUAAUUUACAUAUUGUUAUGUAUACCUGAUCAAUAUACUGAUAUCGAUUUCACCGCAGUAGCAUGUUAUAUUUUCUGUCUUGAUCUUUGAAUUGAUCUUUGAUUAAUUUAUAAUUAAUCAGUGAUUACCAUUUAAAGUAUUCAUUCGUACGAAAAUUACAUAAAAACUCAUGGUUGAUAAUAAUGAUAAGUAUAGAAUGCUCAUCUGCGAAGUCUGGGAUGUCAUUACCGAUUCAUAACUUUUAUGUAUACAGAUUAUAAAGCAGAAGAAAUAAUUAGAAUUUUAGCAUAUAAAUGGCAAACACCAUUCUAAAAAAGCCUCUUCAAAUCUACGUUAAAAAAAUUAUACAACAUUCUUAUUGAUAUAUUGUAUAUAGGUAGUUAAUUGUAUAAAUAAACUUGUUAAUGUAAUAAUAUUUCAAAGACAUUUUCUUGUUGUUUACGCUAAAGGCCAUUUAAAUGAAUAUGUAAAAGUUUGCUCUCUUUCAAUAUCUACAUAAUUCAUGAAAGAUAAAGUCGUAAGGUUAUUUCACUCUACAAAACAUUUAUAAAAAUUUCAUGCUGCCGGUAUAUCAUAUAAUCUGACAGUAAUUCAUUAACUCCAGUUACAGUUAAUUUGCACUAUUUUGUAAUAUACAUAUACAAACACCAAUGAACGAAUUCUUAUGAUAAUUAGGAUUAUUAACUAUCAAAUUUUCAUUUGAUUUUAAAAUUAAAUUACAAAUGUAACAAUGACCUCUUUAAUUGAAUGAAAUAUUUUAGUCAUUGUAAACAUUCUCCUGAUUAUUGUUUAACUGUAUUCUUCGUUGUUUUUAAUCCUAAUAUUGUUGAUAUAUAUAUAAGUUAAUUAUACUAUGUAUUUCUAUUGUAAAAGUAGUGCAAGAUUCGAAAUUCAACUAUAACGAAUAAUGUCUUCUAUACAUAUAUUGAAAGUGUUGAGACAUACUAUGAAAGUGAAAAAUUUCAAUAAUAUAAAAAGAACGUUAUACAAUCUUGAAAUUUAUAAUAAUUAAAAUCGCACAAUAUAUAUUAAUACCAGUUGUAAUGUUUUGCCGAAAUUAUUUGUUUAAAUUCUAUGUCUCAAUACAAUUGAAAAAUACAUUAUACAGAAUAAUAAUUAAUCAGAAUUUUAAAAAGUAUUAAAUAAAAUCCGAUGAAAAUCUUUAUGAUAGAUAUUUAAAUCUAGAUGUCGUAAAACAUAGAAACGUUAAGCGAUAAAACGAUUAUACAACUUUUUGACCAGUCUUUGUUUGCUGUCAAAUUAAAUAAUAGUUAAGGAACUAAGCGCUCCAUUUUUUAAAGAAAAGGCACAUUUUUAAAAUUGCCUUGGAAUUUACUACUGUAACAUACAUAUAAGUCCAUCCAAGAGAGAACAUCCAAUGAAAAUACUGUUAUAGUUCUCAAUAACUAUACAGUUAAUUAAUAAUUGCAUAAUAUCCAUCCAAGGAGUGCUCAAAAUUAGUGCAAACCUAAGUAUAUCUGAUGGCAAACAGAAUGAUGCAAUAUGUAAAAGUAAACAGCUUAUGUUAACGAGAAAAUACACUGGAUAUAACAGUUCUUGUGUUAUAUAAUUCAGGAUUAAUUGAAUAACAAUGAACAAAUGUUUGUGUAAUUCACAUGUUUUGUAAAUUUUAUUUUUUAACGUUAAAAGUAAUGAUUAUGAUUGUUAAUUCUUUGAAACAUAAUUUUAAAAGAUAACUGCUGUUAAUAACUUUCUGCUCCAUAAAUAAAAUAUAUACAUAUAAAUAUAUACCAUUUUUUCAGUGGCAAUAUAAACAUUAAUCUUAGAAAUUAUAAUCUAAAUGUUUCAAAGGAUUAUCCAUGAUUACAAAGAUAAGUCUAAGGAAAAAAACAGAACAAAAUACUCAAAUAUUAUUUCUUAUGAAAAGAGAAUGAUGCAUGAUGAAAAGGAAUCAGUAGUGUGUAUUAUUAUAAAUCUACCAAUUGUAGGAAUUAUUGUAUCAUGAAUGUAGCAUUAAUCAAACAUGCAUACGUACAAACCAAAUGUGUAUUAUUUUCAUAUACUGUAAAGACAUUAUAUUUUUAUCAGUCUGAUGAAUGGUUCACAUUUAGUUUGUGUCUAGGUAUGUUAGCGUACAAGACUUUCUUUAAAUACACAGUAGACAAUUGUACAAAGUCAAAUAAGUUGUAAACUAAUAUACAUUUGCAAUAUUAUUGAAACCAGCAACAAACUUAAAGUCAUAACUAUAGUUAUAAAUUUACAUAGAAACUGAAAUUUAAUUUCAAAUACAUUAUUUAGGAUUGUCAUGCUAUUGCUCCUAUUUGACAUAAAUUUUGUUUUUAACAAAUUUUAUUGAACUUUAAGCUGUACAAAAGUAUGAUUGCGUAAUAUAAGAGUAUUUGCAUAAUGUAA